AUGAGCCGAAUAUUCAGAAGCCACGCUUCCAAGUCGAUGCGAUUGGAGCAGAUUCCUCUGGAAACGGUAAGACUAUCUGCCACUGACACAUUUCUGUGAACUUUGAGCUUUUAAUAUUACAUGGAAGUAAACUGAUUAUUUGACAGAUAACACUGACGAAAAUUCUGAUAAGAACUGCCAAUUUUCACAUCUUUCCUUGCAAUUUUCCAGAAUUGUUCACGAAGUUUUUAGAAACUGUCGUAAAAUGACGGACAUGGUCCGCAGAGACACCGCUCGGUGUACCUCACUAGUACGAUUUACGCGGAUCAGCGGCCCUGUUUAGAAUGUUUCUUCAUUUUUCGCUUCUUAUGAUUUCGACAGUUUUCACUUGAAAUUUCGUAAUUUUCUGACACUUUCAAAGUUGCAGAUGUCUCGACGGAGCACCACAGACCGAUCAGAUUUCAAUGACAAUGCAUCGAAUGCCUCGACGAGCGCUUCCCGUCGGCCUACAAUCAAUUUCCAAGAAAUUAUGGAAGAUUUGAGUGAACCUGAGCGUGAAACUGGCGAAAGGUUGAGGAGACACUUGCAGUUUUUCUUCAUGAACCCCAUGGAGAAGUGGAAAGUAAGCGAUAACCAAUUUUCAAAAAAAACAUCGAAACAUUCAGGUCCGUCGUCAAUUGCCUUACAAACUUGUACUCCAAGUGCUGAAAAUUGUAUUCGUUACAAUGCAAUUGAUCCUUUUUGCCGAGAUGCGAAUGUCGCACGUCGAUUUCCUCGAAGACACGACCACAGUAAUGCGGCAUCGCUUUCUGAAGGAAUGGAACGACGACAGGGACGCCCUGCAGUAUCCUCCCGCCGAAGGACGAUAUUCGGUUUACGAUGAUCAGGGUCUCUCCGAGCAUUUAAGCUUUUUAAUCAAUUCAGUAAGGUUUUGAAAAUUUUUCGUCAAAAAUAAUCCUUCCAGUACUACGCAAUCCGAAACGACUCAUUUGCCUCGUUCUCCUACGACGUCGUCAGCCAUCCGGCCUCCAACUUGGGCGCCACAAUCAAUUUCGAUUCGAUUCCGCCGAUCGAAGUUCUUAUCGAUCGAAUCUCGAACGUUACCGUCAACAACAACACUUAUGAUUUCGAUAUUCGGGAAGUCAAAGACACGAAACGAUUGAAUUUGACCGAAUCGGAAGUAUUGCAAAUCGGUCAAUCGGACGAUGCGGUGAGAGAGAUUCUGGCGAGCAGAGGAGUCACAUUCCAGCCAGAAGACGCGCUGAAAAUCUCGACGGUUCAGUUCAAAUUCCGAUUGAGAACCAUCCAUUACUCACCGACGGCAGGAGACCAGAAGCCAGAGUGCUACAAGAUUUCAGUAGCCAUCAAGUUUGACAAUUCGAGGCAUACGGGACAAGUUCACGUCACUCUGGGCACCGUUGUUUCAUAUGUGAAUGUCUGCAAUGGACGGAUCAUCAAGGGUGAGCACGCAAAGCUGAGAUAUUAUUAAAAUGCUCAAAACUGUCUGAAUGUAGUGACUUUCCCUUUUCCCGCAUUCAACUUAAAAUCAUUGUCUUGUCAGAUAAGAUUUCAGGCGUCGGCUGGUCGUUCGACACUUUGCUCAUCGGCGGAACGGACAUCCUCGUCCUCCUUCUCUGCAUUCUUUCACUUAUUCUAUGCUGUCGCGCCCUCAUCAAAGCCCAUCUGCUGCAACUGAAAACGAGCGAAUAUUUCGAGAAUGUGCUCAAAAACAAGAUCACCGUCACCGAUCAACUCGAUUUUCUCAAUUUGUGGUACGUGAUGAUUGUGGUCAACGACACGCUCAUCAUUUUGGGAACGGUCGCCAAGAUUUCCAUUGAAUUCCGGGUGAGCAAGCGGAAAGUUUCAAUCAAAAGUCAACUAAUUUCUUGAAGGAUUUCGACAACUCGCUCUUCACCUUGACCUCAAUUUUCCUCGGAAUGGGCGCCCUUAUGGUGUACGUUGGAGUGCUCAGAUACUUUGGCUUCUUCAGUCAAUACAAUGUAAGUUUUAAACUUUUUACUUAUGUACAACAGUUUUAGCAGUUAGAACAUAGUUUUCGAGGGAAAAUUGGCUCCAGAAGCGGCAGAAUUGUGGGAUAUUGUCGUUUUAUGAGAAUGGACAGUUGUGUAGUAGAGUAUCCAGGGAGGACAACAGAUUGCGAAAUCGAGAGCGAAAGCACGCAGAUCCUGGCAUGUCUCACGGAUUCCGCCAGAAGUAUAGACCACGAUCAGUCCCUGAAAUCCAGAAAACGUUAUUAUGAAUUCAACCUGAAAACACCUGUAAAAUCGCCUGGACCACCAGCGAGAGACAGACGACGAGCGCAAUGGCAAACAUUGCCAAUUCGGUUCGUUUCGUUCUCCUUCGAUGAAAUUCACUUUGGCCUCCACCACUAUUCAUCACUUGGACCGUUUUUUUGUACUGAACAAUCGUCAGAAUGUUCGCGGAAACACACACUGCCGCAAGGACUGCGGACACCGCGCAAAGAGCCGUGCUGUUCCUUAUCUGAACGUCUUCUGUUUUCACUUUUUAGCACUCUGAAUACAAAAGCAUACCAAAAACCCAAGUAGAAUAGUGUACUGGUAGACUAAUUGAUAGUUGGAGCGGUUGUCGUGAAGUGGAAUGAAAUACGGGCGGUAGGUGAACAUUUGCCACGUGGUUAAAAACGGAAGAAUGUAGAUUAGAGCGAUGCAAACAACGAUGUAACGCUUCCAAAACUAAAAAUAAGGUUGUGAAGGUGCGUUAGAAGUUGGAACCGACUGACCAUAUUGCAAGAGUACGGAAAAACGACCGAUGACAUUCGAUUCAGGCAGAUCAGAGUGAUUGAGAAGAAGUUUGCGUAGAUUAGGUAAUAGGAAAGGAAAUAUACAAUCGUUAGCGGGAAUCCGGAUGGGACAUAGUCGGGGAGGUUCACGAAAAGACCGGAGAUCGGCAACCGGGUGAACAGAAAGUCAAUCACGAAGAGAGCGACGUUCUGAACCGGGAAUAGUUAACAUUUUUGAAAGUGAUAAUGUGCUCACGAUGUAGAAAUCAUUUGUGAAAAUCACAUUGAAAUAACUGCUCGCAAUUGCUUCUUUCGAUACAAAUUGCCGACAUUUAUGAUAGGCGACAAAGGAAGGGAUUGUGUAGAGCAGAUAGACUGCGAGCAGAGGCUGACUGAAAUCCAUCUGGGGAUCUAUGAAAAGACCUUUCCGAGCACCUACCGAACAUCAAAAUCAUAGGCGACUGUCCUGUUGCCCCCCGGAAAAGCAGAAAUUUGGGAAGUGUGCGAGAAGAUUGAAGACAUUGAAGAAGUGAAGAAGUUUUUGAUGAGCACACUCUUCUGACCAAUUUACUUGCUACUUACUUUUUCAAUUAAACGAGUGAGCGGCCAGCCACUGAAAAUUGUAAAGUUGGCGUGAAAAGUGGGAGGAAAGGGGAGAGAAGAAAAGCAUUAAGAGCACGAGGUGGAUUCAGGAGUCAGAAUUCCCCCGGGGACGGAGGUGGACGGUUCAUUAGUGAGAUAGAGUCGAUUUGGAGAUCAUUUCUUGACAGACCGAAUAAUUAUCAACAAAUCAGACUAGACAUGCUGGGCAUUGAAAACAAAAAGCAGAAUCUCUUUUGAAAUUCAUGAUUAAUGUCGAAGAUUAUAAGAAGGGGAGGUGCACAUAACACUUUGAAAGUUGGGGAACGUCACAUUUCAUGUCAAUUGCACACAUUUAUGUACAUAUUCCUUUCCAGAUUCUCAUUCUCACUCUAAAACGAUCGUUCCCGAAUAUAAUGCGAUUCAUGACGUGCGCCAUCGUUCUCUACGCCGGAUUUCUCAUCGCCGGAUGGGUCAUCAUCGGACCGUAUAGUAUGAAGGUAAGCAUUUGAACUCUGAGAGCGGCAAUAGAGAUGCAAAUGCAACGAAAACAUGGGAGAAAUAUAGAGGAAAAGCCAUUCCGUCCGCCCACAUAUAAUCACAUUUUAGUUCCGAACACUUGCCGAAUCGUCCGAAGCGCUUUUUUCGCUUCUCAACGGAGAUGACAUGUUUGCCACGUUUUACACUAUCAAUGACUCGAAUACGGUCAUUAAAGUGAGUAAAGCUUAUAUAAUUCCAGUGGACUUCUAGUAUUUUCUAGGUGUUCGGAACAGUCUACAUUUAUCUGUUCGUCUCGCUUUUCAUCUACGUCGUUCUCUCACUGUUCAUCGCCAUUAUUAUGGACGCCUAUGAAGUUGUAAAGGUUUGUGAAACUAUAAAUGUUGAAAAGUGGGUGGAAGCGUAUAGGUCGCCGGCCAGAAAUAGAUAAAAACAAGCUGAAGGGCCAAAUGAAAUGGGCAAUCGAGAGAAACGGACGAGACAAACACGUAGAGAGCCCCCUGAAAGAGCACUCGCGCACCACGCAUUUGGAAUAAUCAUAAAUGAACACCAAGUGUUCUCGUGUAUCUAAUAGAGACAAAACUAGAAGAACAUAGCCCAUAGAAGUAAUUUAGAUAGUUGAAGCAACUAUUAAGUGAAAAUAGGAAGGGAAAGAAGAAGAUGAAGUUUUGUGGCGAUGACGAGCCAGUCACAAAGAAGGAAUGUGCAAUUACUCAGAGAUGAAUUAAUCACUAUUAUUAUUUUCUUCGGCCGCUCGUGCGACACCAAAAACGUACUUUCGAGUGAUCUGCGAACAAAAAAGAGCUGCUAUGGAAGUGAAGCACUAACGAUGCUCAUUACGGAUGUCUUAGUCGUCACUUCCUACCUAGACAGCAACAGAUUCUAUUAGUUUUUUCCCGCACCAGACAACAUAAUUGUACGUUCUUGUACGAACUAUAAUCUUUGCGGUUGAACUUAAAAACCGGUCAUUUUCUGACGGCAUCACGUUGUUCUCUGUCUCAUUUUCAAAACUAUAUCCUACUUUUCAGGACCGCUACUCGGACGGUCUCCGUUCUAUCGAGAAGCGUGGCUGCCUGCGCGACUUUGUCGAAAUGAUCCCCCCGCCGUCGGAACUCGGAUCGCCGACGACUCGCUCCGCCUACGCACCCUCCAAUCUGCUCAAUUUGGGUCGGUGCGUGCUUGUGAUCCUUGGUUGUGGUCUGAAAUGCACGCACUUUUGUUAUGCUUUUGACACACUCACAUACGGCCGAUUUUGUGUGGCAUGUCGUUACUAACCAUCUAACUAACCAUUUUGUUCAGCAUCGUCGAGUGCAGCGAUAAUAUUCGAUUUCUGUGUUAUUCGUUGAGUUGCUCUUAUUAUUUCAGCGGCUGGCAACGACUCGAGUAGAGCUCUGCGAGCCCUCAACGCCAUCGACAACGCUCGCGAUUGGCUGAGCAGUUUAAGAGAGGGAACCAGGUAAGCGGCGGCUUUUGAAUGUCCAACUGACUUUUGCACUUUUGGUGAUGUUCAGAAUUCUAAUCAACAUUCUAUGAUUUGUCCAUUAAAAUGUCUCAUUCUGUCCCCUUUGCAGGUUCCAAUCAUUUUCCAAUCCACUGAACGAUUCGCUCGAAGACGGACUCGCCGGUGCAGGAAACUCGCUCCAAAACGGUUUUCAAAAUACUCAGUCUAGGCCAUCAAAUGUAUAAUAUCUCUUCUAUUUUCCAUUUUAUCUAUCCGAUUCAUAAUUUGUCAUUCAUUCGCUUUGUCUGUAUUUCGUCUGUGUCCUUCUCAUGAGAGGCUCUCUCUGAUUCAUCUACUUAUCAUGUAUGUGUUUGUGGUGCUAUGUACUUCUAUUGUGAUACUUUUCCCUCGAUUUUGCCUUCUUUUCCCUUUUCCACGUUUGUUUGUCCGUUUAUUCUAUUCUAUUCUUCAGUUCAUAAUAAUUGCAUAUUUAUUGUGCUACUGUCAUUUUUUUUUGGAUUUCAGAAUUCCCUUUUCCAGAACAUUUCAAAUUUCGAAUUGUUUCGAAACUUAUUUCACGCAGAAAUUAAAAUACGCGCAUGUUCCCCUACUUUUCUUCCCCGGAUCUUUGCUUGAAUAUUUAACAAUUUCCCCUUGUUUUUCGAAUUCCCGAUUUCCCGCUCGACCUCUUCUCCGGUAACCAACGCCUUCUGAAUCCUUCUCCGCAGAAUUUCCAACUGCCCUCCAGAACUCGCUACUCUCAAGAAUGGAGCAUCUUUACGAAUCGAUGCACUUCGACUUCCUCGACAAUCACCAAACAUUCCAUCGCCAUCAGAAAACCGAAAACGGACGCGUUCUGACGGAGGACGUCUCCGCCGAACAAUUGCCCGCUUUCGCCGUUCCGCACGGCACUGAGCUGCCGCCGAAAUGA